ACACGUGUGUGCUGGUGGUGUAUGCUUAUAAUAGCUCCAUGGUGUGGUGGUAUUUGUGGCAAGCAGCCAGCAAACCGGUGCUCUUCGAAGACGGUACCAACAGUUUGAGCAAGGGGGAGGUGCUACGUCGUCCAUGUUGGUGUUUUGAACUUCAGUGCUGACACCAGUCGCCAUGUUCUAAAUCUUAGGAUUCUGAUCAGCUGGUUUCUUGACUGAUAAAGACGCAAUAAUGCUCUCUGUUUUGUUGAUUCUGUUUGCCGGUGUGAUUUGUACUGCUUCUGCUCAACAGACAGGAUGUCCAACUGGUCACUUUCAGUGUACGUCCGGCCAGUGUAUAUCAGCAUCUGGGACAUGCAAUGGAUACCCAAAUUGUCAAGAUGGUUCUGAUGAAGAGGGUUGUGUCUACCCGGAAUGUGAACCCAAUACCUUCCAGUGUCCAAAUAGUCCGUCAUGUAUCCCCGAAGCAUGGUUGUGUAAUGGCUUCACUGAGUGCAUUAAUGGUGAAGAUGAAGACAAUUGUCCUGACGUCCCUUGCACCAGUGAGCAAUUUACCUGCGUCUCCACGGGCCGCUGCAUCUAUGCGAGUUGGCAAUGUGACUACUGGGAUGACUGCGGGGACAACAGCGAUGAGGUUGACUGUGAUUUUCCAAGCUGUGCUCCUGGGGAGUUCCAGUGUAAGUAUGGGAGUUGUAUCAACGAGUCUCAAGUGUGUAACGCUGAGAUAGACUGCUAUGAUGGCGGCUCGGAUGAAAGCAACUGCACGUUUGCAACUUGCCUUCCUCAACACACGGCGUGUCAAAGUGGAGAGUGCCUACCGGCGGAGUAUAAGUGCAAUCACUACGCACAAUGCUGGGACGCGUCGGACGAAGUGAAUUGCACUCAUGCAGAAUGUCAAGGGAGUCAGUACAGAUGCAAUAGUGGCCAAUGUAUACCAACACGCUGGGUUUGUGAUGGGAUAUUAGACUGUUCCGACCGAUCUGAUGAAGAAAAAUGUGUUGGCACAUUCUCCUGCCCUCCCGGGCAAUGGCCAUGUUCGAGAAGCUUAAGGAAGUGUGUAGAUGUAAACACACUCUGCGAUAGUCACAACGACUGCCCGGAUGCAGAAGAUGAAGAUCUGCCCUGCAAUUCCCGGUCAUGUGGCUACCUGAGCUGUGAAUACCAAUGCCAUUCAGCUCCAAAUGGGGGGACGUGUUACUGUCAGCCUGGUUUUGUCAUCUCCUCUGACAAUAGAACCUGCGAGGAUUUUGAUGAGUGUAACCAUUGGGGUUACUGUGCGCAUGGAUGUCAGAAUGAAGCAAGUACCUACCAGUGUUCAUGUGAAGAAGGCUACAUGCUAGAAGGAGAUGGAAUGUGUAGAUCAAUAGCCACUGACGUUCCUUACCUCUUGGUCACGUCCGGACAAACAAUAACGCGAUCAAACUUGAAUGGUGAGCAAAAGUUAACCAUCGCUACAGUACCUGAUUCCAUCACCCCUGAAAACCUGGACUUCCACUUUAGCUUGAGAAAGAUUUUCUGGACUUCUGAAAAAGGGGUUCACUCUUCAAACUUCAUGGGAGGGAAUCCAACUGAGCCGGAGGUGGUGUUUGCUGUUCCAGAGCGAAUCACAAUUGCGGCACUCGCUGUUGACUGGAUCGGGAGCAAACUUUAUAUGGCUGAGAGACUUCCAGAACGAAUUUUGGUCUCGGAGCUAGAUGGUACCAACUCGGCAUCGGUCAUCAGCUAUGAUAUUCAUACAGUUUCAGCAUUGGCUGUGGACCCUGUUAAUGGGUACUUGUUUUUCGGCAGUGGUUCAAGAUAUUGGUGGAGAGACGAACAACAUUUAAAACUUGAACGGUCUUUUAUGGACGGCAGCCAUCGAGCUGUGCUUGCAACCGAAAAAGUUUAUUCCAUCUCUGGGAUCGCUCUGGACAUUCCAACGAAAAGAGUCUUUUGGAUUGACCAGAGUUAUGACUUCAUGAAUACUGUUACCUAUGAUGGACAUCAUCGCUACACGAUUCUGCAAGGGUUUCAGGUGAUUCCUUCGCCCCAAUCUUUAGCAGUCUUUGAGCGUUUUGCCUUCAUUGCUGAUCAUACCAGAGAUGCCGUCCUACGCGCGGAUCGUUACGACUGGUCCUCUGAUGUGACGAUCAGACUUCCUGUUACUGAAGUGGAACCCAAAGGAGUUUCUGUUUACCACUCAUCACAACAACCAUCAGUACCAAAUCCGUGUGGAUCGAAUAACGGCGGAUGCGAGCAUCUAUGCGUUGUGUCCCAUCGCUCUGACAAUCAUGGUCUGGGCUACAAGUGUAUGUGCCGAAGUGCCUACAGAUUAAAUGAAGAUGAAACGACCUGCUCAGAGAUCACAUCCUUUCUUCUUGGCUAUAGCUAUGUGGUGAUGCACGGAAUCUCAUUGAACUUCAAUGAAGAGAAUUUGGAAUGCAUUGAACCAAUCGUCAGAGGCUCAGUAGAAUCAUCUAACUCGUACGACUUGUACGUUUCUACUGACCCCGUAAUCGAUGCUGAGAGUAGGUACAUCUACCACGUGCGAAGGGGUGGAGUCCUCCGCCGAGUUAAAACUGAUGGAACAGGAGGAGAAGAUUUCAACAUUGGACAUUUCUACCCACGCGGCAUGAGCUAUGAUUGGUUGUCAAAGAAUCUGUAUUGGAAAGAUCUUUAUUAUGACGUCAUAGCAGUACUUAAGCUUGAUGGAGACUUCACUGUGGAGACAGUUGUUAAUGACAAUGCAAAGAGCUUUUCUAACAUUCAAGUUGCCCCACUGGCUGGGUAUUUGUUUUGGUACAAUUAUGAUGAACGGAAGAUAGAACGAUUUUGGUUGGAUGGCUCUCAUCGUGAAGAUGUUAUUACUGGUGAGAUUGGCGGAGUUCGUGAACUCCGAGUUGAUCAUCAAACCAGCAUGCUCUACUGGAUUUCCUAUUCAGGUGUAGUUUGGCAAGCUAAUUUAGAUGGCGGGUCACGUACAAUUGUUGAUCUUGGUGUAUCUUCUUUUGUAUAUUCAAUGGCUAUCAACAAUGGUAUCGCAUACCUCUCAUCAUAUAAAGGAAACAUUCUAACUUUAAAUGUGUCCAGUGGAUACCCAGCACGGGUUUUCGGCAAAGUUCGACACUCACAUUUAAUGUUGUACUCACUGGAAAUACAGACAUCGGUUGAGAAUAUUUGUUCCCGUAACGGAGGUAACAGUGACUGCAGUCAUUUUUGCUUUCCCGCACCUUCAAAUCAGAGGACUUGUGGUUGCCCAAUAAACAUGAGGCUCAUGGCGGACCAACGGACAUGUGAAGAUGAUCCCAAUCCUGAGAAUCCAUGGUCAUGCAAACCGGAGCAACAGUGCGAUGAUGGCACUUGCCUCCACCUGCACUUAAUCUGUGAUGGUUUUAACGAUUGUCCCAACAAUGAAGAUGAACGCAAUUGCAGUAGCUGUUCCCGCUUUGUGUUUGAAUGUGAGGAUGGUUCAGGGUGUGUGCCAUGGCCUGACCAAUGUGACCAAGUAGAUGACUGUGCAGAUGGGUCGGAUGAAGAAAAUUGCGGUAACACAUGUGAUGAAGAUAGUUUCCAUUGCGCCGAUGGUUCUUGUAUACCGCAGAGAUGGGUCUGCGAUACUAACACUGAAUGUCCAGACGGCUCAGAUGAAAUAAACUGUGAGGAUUACACAUGUCCACCUGAUCAUUUUACCUGUGAAUCGGGUUCAUUGUGUCUCCCUGAACGUUAUGUCUGUGAUGGCUUCAAUCAGUGUCCAGACCUCAGUGAUGAGGCUAAUUGUGGUACCGUGAACUGCUCCAGAAGCUAUUGGGCUAAUUGGGCGUGUGCUAACGGCUACGAGUGCAUCUCUCCACGGUAUGUGUGUGAUGGUCAAUAUGACUGUGGAGAUUGGUCAGACGAAAAAGAUUGUGACACCUACUCAACCUCAUGCUCACAGUGGUAUAUAACAUGUGCAUCCACCGGCACCUGCAUAUCAAAGCGUUGGCAAUGUGAUGGUGUGGCUGAUUGCGAAGAUGGGUCCGACGAACCAAGUGACUGUGGGGAAGUGACUUGUGAAGGAUUUGCCUGUAGUGCAUAUACUUGUAUAGCUCAAAACUGGGUUUGCGAUGGGGAAAAUGACUGUGCAGACGCUAGUGAUGAGGAAAACUGUCCUGUACCUGAAUUUGCCUGCCCGGCUGAGCAUUGGCAAUGUCCAGACACAACGCAGUGUGUUCCGUUUGCUUCAGUGUGUGAUCAGAGCAAUGAUUGUCCCAACGGGGAAGACGAAGGCAGCGACUGUAAUUCUGAUGAGUGUUCUAUCUUUAACGGACAAUGCAGCCAUAUCUGUCUACAAACACCCUUCGGAGCGGCCUGCGAAUGCCCUGCAGGCUACCAGCUGAGCAACCCAAAGGAGUGUGUUGACUUUGAUGAAUGCACGGUUCCAGACAGCUGUAGUCAGGCCUGCACAAACGCAAGAGGAAGCUUCAUCUGUCAAUGUGCAGAUGGGUAUCUCUUGGAGCCAAACAGGAGAACAUGCAAGGCGUCUGAUCCUUCCACUCCAUACCUCAUACUUACUGCAAGGCAAUCAGUGCGUAAAUACAACCUACACACAGGCGUGUGGUUUGACGUUAUGAAUGACAGAUCCCAUCGAGUAUUCUCUGCUGAUUUUGACGCGUCGACCGGUUACAUCUAUUAUGCAGAAGCUGAAAGUGAUUCUAUGUACAAAACGAACAUCAAUGGAACAGACACGGAGGAGGUUUUUGGAAAUGGUAUCCAAGCUCCAACAGCAAUGGCUGUGGAUUGGGUUGGUCGAAAUGUCUACUGGAUGGACUCCAUAAUGGAACUCAUUGAAGUUGCUAGCUUGGAUAGGAACCAUAGAUCAGUUCUAAUUUCUCAGAAUAUCAGCCUUUGUAAUGGACUGUGCGUGGACCCUACGGAAGGGAGUCGUUACAUCUUCUGGGUUGCCCGGAGUCGGAACCCACGCAUUGAACGUGCCAGUAUGGACGGCACUGACCGCCAAGUCAUUAUAUCUGAGGAUCUACAGGAUCCCUAUGGUUUGACAGUGGAUUUACCUACCAAGAAACUCUACUUCGGAGAUAAACGCUUGGAUUUUAUUGACUCCUGUAAUUAUGAUGGGACUGGAAGGCGGAGAGUGCUCGUGCAUUCCACGCAAUUUACAGGGCUUAUUGCGCUGACGAUUUUUGAAGACUAUAUAUACUGGAUCAACUCUGGGUCUGGAGUUCUUUUGAAAGCCAAGAAGUUUAACGGGGAGAAUAAGACGGUCAUUUCACCCUGGCGCUACUUCAGUACUGAUUUACACGUAUUUCAUCCAGCUAUCCAGCCAACAGCUGCUAACCCAUGUGUUUCAAAUCCGUGCACCCACCUAUGUGUGUUGUCGUCAAAUGAUCCUGGUUUUUCCUGUCUCUGUCCGGCUGGCCAGGAUCUACAAACAGAUGGAACAUGCAGACGGGUCGGCCCUUUCCUCAUGGUGAUUCAACGUGGGUUAAUUAACGGUAUCUCGUUAGACCCUGACGACCAAUCUCUGAAUCAGAUGCAAGCGAUAGCCACGGAGUAUGAUGCUUUCGAUCUAGACUUUGAUGAAACUGGAGGCUUCAUUUACUGGUCAGAGUCGGAAGAUCAAGAACAUGAUGAAGAGGAUAGUGCUCUAAGAUCGAUCAUGCGCGCUGAGGUCACCGGUAUAAAUAGCUCGGAGAUCUUCGUCCCUACGGCUUAUCUGGGCUCUCCCGUGGGGAUUGCCCUUGACCAUCUCUCCCGCAACAUCUACUGGACUAAUCCAGACAAGCAUACCAUCGAAGUCAUCAAACUGGAUGGUGAGAGUAACUAUCGCCGGGUCGUCGUCCAGAACAGCGGGGAUAGCUCUCGUGUGGCAGACCCUGACGCCAUCUGCCUGGACCCUGGGAGUGGGAUGAUGUAUUGGGCAGAAAAUGGCGGAGUUGGUGUCCAGCCCGGGAUCAUGAAGGCUAAUAUGGAUGGCACAGGUAUACAGUCGUUGGUCACCACUAACCUUGGCCACAUUGACUUUAUCACUAUUGACCUUGAGCAACACAUGCUGUACUGGUCAGAAAGCACCAACCAAGUGAUUGAGCGCUGUAACGUGGAUGGAACAAACAGGCUAGUCCUUGUCACUGAUGUGCAUCAUCCAAUGGGUGUAGCUGUUUAUGAAAAUUUCCUGUAUUACACAGACUCUGCGUUUGAGAGAAUAAUGAGAGUGAAUAAGAAUGACGGCAGUAGCCCGACAGUGAUGCGGACCGGAAUACAGGACCUGAAGGCCCUGAGAGUCUCUGUACGUGUUGGUCCGACGUCCAACGGAUGCUCACAAUCCAACGGAGGCUGUCAACACAUCUGUUUGCCAACAGGCCCAACCUCACGAACCUGUGCUUGCAGUAUUGGGUUCAUAAUUAAUAGUGAUGACGUAACGUGCGGAAGUAUAAGUUCCUUUGCUGUUGUGUCACAGUUCGCGGUGACACGAGGCUUUGGUCUAGAUGGAAAUGAACAUCCGGAAGCGAUGGUACCUAUUGCUGGUAAAUGGAGGCACACGAAGGCCCUUGACGUCCACGUGGCAGAAGAAUUUAUUUAUUUUGUUGACAACAAAAUACCCUUUAGAUACUCACAUGUCUUCUACUGGUAUCCAAUGGUAACUGGGAUACAACGGAUCAAACCAGACGGUAGUGGAUACCAAGAAAUUGUGGGGACUGGCGUGGGAACUGGCGGAAUACAAGGAAUUGCUGUGGAUUGGAUCGCUGGGAAUCUGUAUUGGACCAACGCAUUUGGAAGCGUAACAUACUUAGAAGUAAGUCGUUUGGAUGGAAGUCAAAGACUUGUUCUUCAAAAGAUCACACAUGAUAACCCAGGAGUCAUUUCUGUCAACCCUCAUAAGAAGUAUUUGUACUGGGCAGACUCCGGGCAAUUUCCUAGGAUAGUUCGAGCAUUCUUAGACGGCUCAAAUCAGACGGACCUGGCAACAAUUGGUGUUGUGCACCCCUGUGGUAUCACAAUCGACAUUCAGACCCACGACGUAUUGUGGGUUGACAGAACUGCUGACGUCCUGGAGAAAAUGGACUGGCAAGGCGGCAACCGACGAAUAAUCAGGAGUGGGCUUCCAAACCCUACCGGUGUGGCAGUAUUUCGUGAUUCGGUCUACUGGUUAGACGGGAACCUGGAGAAGGUUUUCCAAGCAAGCAAAUUACCAGGCAGUGACAAGGAACCAGACGUGUUUCAUUCCAACUUGGAGGAUCUGCAAGCUAUCGCCAUAUUUGACGCUAGGAACCAAUUAAGCUCAAAUGACAAUGCUUGUGGAGUCAACAAUGGAGGCUGUGAGCAACUCUGCCUUGCCAUGCCGGCCGAUGCACAUGUAGCUGGUGAUCGUGUUUGUCGCUGUUACGUUGCAGUCCUGGCUUCAGAUGGCUUCACAUGCCAGAAUGCCACCAGUUUCCUGAUACUUUCCUUUUAUAAACAAUUUGUCGGUGUGAACUUUGACGCCACGAACCAUAAUUCUCCAAUCAAUCCGAUAGUCCUGGAGCAAAAUAUGGAAUGUUUCGCAGUACAUGAUGCCUCACAACGCAUCUACUUCAUUACGGCCUACUCUGUCCGCAAACUGAUGUCUGUCCCUGUGCAUGGCGGACAAGCCAUAGAAAUUAAGGAUUUCAGCGGUGUUUUAAGUAGUUAUGUGAGAGUAAUGCAGAUAGACUGGCUGCACGAUCGACUGUACUUGGUGCAUUCGCUCCAAAUCUCUGCAAUUGACUUGGACGGUAACAACCUGGUGCAUGUUGUCACUUCAACAGGAGGGAGGGUGUAUGAUUUUGGCUUGGACCCUUGCAGAGGAAUGAUGUAUUGGCUAAGCAACAGUGGUAUCUUUCGAUCCUCAAUGGGCGGUAGACAAAAGGAGAAGAUCAUUGACAUUCAAGGUAGGAGAUGGAAACUGAUUGUUGACUCCAUCGACCAGAAACUGUACUGGAAAGAGGGGAUAAAGCUCAUGCGCUCGGAUCUUGAUGGCAAUAACCAAGACACAUUGGUUGAGAAUGCGGAUAUUUCAAUGACAAUGAGAUCUAUGGUGAUCCACGGGAAUUAUCUCUAUUUUACGGGUUACUACACCCUGAGUAAAAUGGAGAAAGACACUGGGGCUGACCAGACUGUUAUACAUCAACACAGAGAUGAAGUGCUAGAUGACUUGCAAGUCUACAACGGAGAGCGUCCCGUUUGUACAGCCAGUUCUUGCUCGAUAUUCAAUGGAGGAUGUAGUCAUACUUGCCAUCCAGGGAUGAACGGAGGCGUCGACUGCCUGUGCCCUUUUGAUUUAGUCAUCGCAAAUAACGGACGAGUCUGUGUUCCUCCAACCGCAAGCUGUGGUGUUGAUGAGUUUACCUGUGCUAAUGGCAAUAAAUGUAUUCCAGUGAGUUGGGAAUGUGAUAUUGACGAUGACUGUGGGGAUAACUCCGAUGAAGGGACCAACUAUUGCUUUGAUCACACGUGUGAAUCUACAGAGUUUAUGUGCACCAAUGGCCGCUGUGUUCCAUCAAGCUUCAUUUGUGACUACGAUAAUGACUGCAGGGAUAACUCUGAUGAAGUUAACUGUGAGUUUCCAACAUGCCCAGGUGAUGAUUAUACCUGCCCGAAUGGCCGAUGUAUUCCACAAGACUAUCUCUGUGAUGGAUAUGAUGAUUGUCGAGAUGGCAACUACACGGACGAGAGGAAUUGUCCUGAAAUGACCUGCGUACCUCCCUACGUGUCAUGCCCCUUCACCAGCAUAUGCAUUCAUCCUCAUUGGCGUUGUGAUGGUGAUAAUGACUGUGUUGACAAUGGUGAUGAGAAUCCACUGUUCUGUCAGGAACAGAAUUGUCCGACUUCAUCAUUUCGUUGUGAUUCUGGACAGUGUGUAUCUGGCUUCUGGCUGUGUGAUGGCGGUAUCGAUUGUCAAGAUGGCUCUGAUGAAGAUGAUGUGACGUGCACCCACCCUGACUUUACCUGCACCACAAAUUACUUCAAGUGUGAUAACAACAGGUGCAUCCCCGACAGUUGGGUCUGUGAUUCUGAUAAUGACUGUGGUGACGACUCUGAUGAAGACGGACGUCACAACUGUGACACUCAUGAAUGCGCGGAGGAAUUCUUCACCUGUGCCCAGAAUCGUCCUGGCCGCAACCGAUGUAUCCCGAUGAAUUGGGUGUGUGACGGGGACAGCGACUGCGAGCACGCUGAUGAUGAACACAAUUGUACACGAACCCCGUGUGCCGAUGGCGAGUUUACAUGCGGUAAUGGUUUAUGCAUUGCGUCGGAAUGGGAAUGCGAUCACGACAAUGACUGUGGUGAUCAGAGUGAUGAAGGCGGCCAUUGUGACUAUCCAGAGUGUACAAUUUCUGAGUUUACCUGUAACAAUGGCCGAUGUAUCCGCGCCUCAUGGACGUGUGACGGUGAUAAUGAUUGUCGAGACUACUCAGACGAGCAGAAUUGUGUGACCCCGCCUGUGACAUGUCCACCUGAUAAUUUCAUGUGUAUAGAUGGAACCUGUAUCGCAGCUAACCUAGUGUGCGAUAAAAACAACCAUUGUUCUGAUAUGUCUGAUGAACAACAUUGUGAUAUAAAUGAGUGUGACAAUCUUGAGGCGAACCAGUGUCAACACGUAUGCACAGACACUCUGACGAGCUUUGUCUGCUCCUGCAACCCUGGCUUCAGACUCAACGCCGACACCAUAACAUGUUCCGAUAUCAACGAAUGUGAAGAAACGCCCGCAGUCUGUAGCCAGCAAUGCGAGAACACGCACGGAUCAUAUAUCUGUAAGUGUGCUGACGGGUACGCCAUUGAACCAAACGCAAAAUCCUGUAAACAUAUUUCAGGAGGAGACCCAUCUCUGAUCUUCAGUAACCGUUACUACAUCCGAGAGCUGAGCGUCGACGGUACACAGUAUGACCUUCUCAAGGAGGGGCUAAUCCAGUGUAUUGCACUUGACUUUGACAUUGUUGAGGAUCGCCUGUACUUCUUGGACGUCGGAACGGAUCAGAUUAUGCGAAUGUUUAUCAACGGAUCUGACGCGGAGGUCAUCGUCCCUUACCAAGUCAGCAGCGGACAAGGACUGGCUGUGGAUUGGGUCGGAAGGAAACUUUAUUGGUUGGAAGGUUCCAAAGACAUCAUGGAAGUUUCUGAAUUGGACGGUUCCUCAAGAAAGACAAUCAACUGGCAGGAUAUGGUGUAUCCACGCGCUGUCACUGUGGAUCCACGCAACGGGUAUGUUUAUUGGACGGACUGGGGUUUGAGUUCGUACAUUGGAAGGAUGGGUAUGGACGGAAACAACCCCCAGAGGAUCAUCACAGAGAAACUAAUCUGGCCAAAUGGUCUGACAAUCUGCUACGCGGCUAACAAAAUAUUCUGGAUUGAUGCUCAUCUUAAUUACAUUGGCUUCGCUAAUCUUGAUGGAUCCUCCCCACAUGAGCUCCCAGGCCAAGACCUGGCCCAUCCUUUUGCCCUGUCCGUCUUUGAAGACUUUGUCUACUGGACAGACUGGAACACAAAGGCCAUCUACAAGGCUGACAAAUUCUCUGGUGAAGGUGUAACGAUGUUGAGAGAGACUGUUCAUCGGCCGUUUGAUAUUCACGUCCAUCAUCCGUUGCGACAAGACCAAUCGAUUGCCAACCCAUGUGGUGCCAACAAUGGUGGCUGCUCCCAUCUGUGCCUCAUUGCGAUUGGAGGAAUAACCUCCACUUGUGCCUGCCCAGACAACUUCAUCUUCACCCAAGGUAGCCGCACGACCUGCGUCGCCAACUGCUCCGUGCUGGAAUUUCGAUGCGCUGAUGAUAACGAAUGUAUCCCUAAAUACUGGAAAUGCGACGGUGAGACCGAUUGCAAUGAUGGUUCGGAUGAGCCUGACUCUUGCCCAGUACGCCACUGUCAUCUCGGGUUCUUCCAAUGCGAUAAUCUACAGUGCACGGCGGGACAGACUCUAUGUGAUGGCACUGAUGACUGCGGCGACAAUUCGGAUGAGGUAAUGUGCGAUUCUAGUCACUGUAAAGCGUGGGAGUUCAGAUGCGACUCUGGGAAUUGUAUUCUACACAAUCAAGCCUGCGACGGAGUAAGCGACUGCCUAGAUGGGUCCGAUGAGAAACAGGAAACUUGCACAAGUAGAACAUGCUCUCCUGGAUUCUUCCAAUGUAAUACUGGAUAUUGUAUCCCAGAGUCGUGGGUCUGUGAUUUUGACGACGAUUGCGGUGACAUGAGUGACGAGCCUCACAGAGAAUGUCAACGUGUGACUUGUGCCGUGGGUUGGGAGCCAUGUACAACCAACUACAGAUGUAUUCCCUCGUGGGCAGUCUGUAAUGGAGUGGAUAACUGCCGCGACAACAGCGACGAGGUGGGUUGCGAACAGCGCACCUGUGCAUCCGGAGAAUUCCGCUGCGACGAAACGAAGUGCAUCCCCGGUCAGUGGCUCUGCGACUUCACUGCGGAUUGUGACGACGGUACCGAUGAGGAUGAGACGUGCCUACACAGAGAGUGCAGCGAGUCGGAGUUCCGUUGUGCAACCAAUCAGUGCAUCCCAAACAGAUGGGUCUGCGAUCACGACGACGACUGCGGGGAUCUGUCGGACGAGCUGGCCUGUCUGAACUAUGAGUGUUUGCCGGGAAGCUAUAAGUGCACCAGUGGGCAUUGCAUCAAUGAGGAUUAUGUGUGCGAUGGGGAAAGAGAUUGUUUGGACUUCUCUGACGAAGUCGGCUGUUCUACUCGACUACCCGGAGGCCUGUACUGUUUUGCGACACAGUUCACAUGCAACAACACGUUGUGCAUCAGAGAAGACUGGGUGUGUGACGGAGAAGAUGACUGCGGUGACGGAUCAGAUGAAAGCCUCUUCGCUUGUGCCAACAAUGUUUGCGACACCAGCAAAAGGUUCAAGUGUAACAAUAACCGUUGCAUCCCGCAAUGGUUCGUCUGUGACGACGUUGACGACUGCGGAGAUGGGAGCGACGAGAAUAACCAUGAUGUGUGCCAGGCGGAAGGAUGUGCCUCGGAUCAAUUCAAAUGUACCAAUAACGAGUGCAUUCCUGCAGGGUAUGUUUGUGAUCUGGAGGCAGACUGCAGCGACCUCUCGGAUGAGCAUGGCUGCCAUUCUGGAUCUUGUGCCAUGGGUAGCUGUGAAAUGAACUGCACUAAUCUCGACGAUGGACACUUCUGCUCAUGUCAACAGGGUUAUAAGCUAACAGACGACCGCCUUGGAUGUGAAGAUAACGACGAAUGUCUCGACAACCCGUGUACACAAAAGUGUACCAACUUCAAGGGUGGCUACCGGUGCGAAUGUAUCAGAGGUUACAAUGAUCGAGGCGACAAAGGAAUUGACUGCAAAGCUGAGGGAGUACCAAAGGUAGUUGUUUUCACCGAUGGCCCAGAAAUUCGAAGAUUUGAGGAAUCUGAAUACACCAACAUAAUCAUAGACCAGGGAGCAGUGCAUGAUGUUGAUUUCGACGUAACGUCAAGUGCUCUUUACUGGGUGGAUAAGUCAUUAGGUGCUGUAGUGAGAGCUUUGUACCCUACCGGCCUUGAUCAGAAAAUCACAACGCAGACGAUUGUGGAGAAUAUUAACCAACCUCUUGGAAUCUCUGUUGACUGGGCCUCUGGCAAUAUUUAUUGGUUGGACUUUGGGGAUAAGUUACCACCAUCGGGACGAUCUAGACGAGACACUCUGUUCGCUGGCCCUAGGAUCGCUGUCUCUAAAGUUGAUGGACGCUACAUCAAGAAUUUGAUUACAACCGGUCUGGACAAGCCAACUGCCAUUGCUGUCAAUCCUCAUCGUGGUGUAAUGUACUGGACAGACACCGGUGACUCGCCAAAGAUCGAGAUGAGCUGGAUGAACGGAGAGGGGCGUCAAGUCUUGGUAACGGAGCAAAUCACUAACCCCACCGGUAUCACCAUAGACUUUGCCAAUUAUGACACUGUCUAUUUCUGUGACAACAAAGACAAUGUGAUUGAAUCAAUGCGCUGGGACGGGCAGCAACGGAAAAUCCUCAAAUCUGGGAGCUCUUUGGAGAAUCCAUUAUCUCUUGAUGUGUUUGAGACGCUUCUUCAUUUCACUACGGAGCGAGUCGGCAUAAGCGGAAAGAUUAGGACGCUGGACAAGCUCGGUAGAGGGGUACCGACCACACUAGUAGAACGAGCUUACCUACCUGGCGGACUUGUUGUGUAUCAUGAGAAGAGAUAUACAAAAGACUUGGUAGGCGCAUGUAAGGGUAACCCGUGUAGUCAUCUGUGUCUGCUGAUACCAACCACAGCAGGGAACCAGGUAACCAAUGGCUACAAAUGUGGCUGCCCGAACGAUGAUGUCUUCAAGUCCGGCAGUGAGAUCAACUGCCUGAGUGCUAAAGCGCCCCCUCUCCUUAUUCCCGGCCUUCCCGAUUGCAGAUGUAAGAAUGGUGGGACGUGCAUCGACAAAGGAAAAUGCCAGUGUACAUCAGGAUUUGAAGGCGACACCUGCUCGACAAGAUCUGCAUUCAAGGGUGGUCCAGCCGGUGGUGCGGUGGCAGCUCCUAUUGUCAUCAUUAUUCUGAUCAUCAUUGCCGCAGUCGUAGGAUUUCUUUUCUACCGUCGUCGAUCAAUGAAUGGGAAGCCACAUGUCGAUAGCAGCGUAAGCUAUCGUGGAGGAGCCAAUAUUGAGAUGCCUGGUCAGACCCCUGCAGUUGAUGGGGACGUUGAAGGGAACACCCACUUUGCUAAUCCUGUCUAUGCAACCAGCGUCCAAUCACCAGCCCUUCAGGCAGUGGGUAAUGGAGACCAAGCCGGCGCCUUACCCAUGAAAGUAGCUAUUGGUGGCGACCAGGCCGGCCCUCUUCCUGAGAAGACCGGGCUCCCUGACGAAGAGGAACUCGACUUGCGGCUACAGAAAUCCUACAGUCCAGCUGAAGGCGAGGGUGACACCAAGACGUUAGUUACAAAAGAUUAGACUCUCAAUGCUGGAUAUUUUACUGUUGUUAUUUGAGGCGUUCAUUUGGAAGUUUGGAUCGCUUCUUGAGAAGUAUCGGCACCGAUGAAUAGCUUGUUAGUGUAUUGUUAACGUCUGAAUCCCUCAACUGCAUUUAAUGGCAGUCCAUUUUUUUAUAACAACUCAUUUUCCGAACGAGUCCUUAGGGAAAUUUGAACAAACAAUUACAAAUCUCUAAUCUCACGUUGAAAAUGGUGUAAAAUGACAUUGUAUUUUAAAUACCCUCCAAGUGUAAAUUUUGUCCAAAAAAAAACCUGAAAAGAUCCUUGUGACGGGGUUUAUGGCGUUUUGUACAUCCGAGGGGAGAAAUGGCAUCCGAGGCAAAGCCGAGGGUGCCAUUUUCCCCCGAGGGUGUUAAAAAAAAAACAAUGGACCCCAAACACAGCAUGCAACAAUU